GAUUAUGGAGAACUUCUUAUCAAAGUUCGCAUUGUUGAUCAGUUGUUAGGAUUUGACCACCAUUGUUUGGACUUAGUGAACAAUGGCAUUUUUGGGGAUUGGCCCCUGCAAGCAUGGCUCCUGUCCACGGCCAUGGAGUCCACGAGUGGAAGGUCUGUCCCUCUCCGCCUUCGCUCUCCCGUGGCCCUGCAAUGAGUUCUCUUCCCUCCACCGCGCAAAAGGCCUUCAUCUCCCGUGGUCGCGGCCACUUUAUUUUUUUAACUUAGGAGAGAGAGCCAGGCCGCCUGGCUCUUUCUGUCCAUAUUUACAUUUAUUUACAGUGUGCCAAGAGGGACAGUGAGAUGACCAGCGGUCACUCCGUAUUGGGGGAAGAGGAACCGCUUUUGUUCGUUUUUUCUUAAAAAGCAAAGCGUCAAAACACUGAUGGAGGCCUGGGAAACAGCGUGAAAACAAGAUGGCAGCACCGCGGGACGGCUCCUCGGCCCUGCCCGGGAGUUCCUGACAACUGAAAUCUAGAAGAAUUUUGAGCACACCUUUGUCCUCUCUUGGCAAGACCCGAAAAGUGCCCCUGCUGGCAGAGAAUGUGAAUUCAGGGAGGUGAGGGGUAAAGCUCUACAGAAAUGAAGAUUCAGUGAACGUGCCGAGUGGUGGACAAGGCUCGGAGGAAACUUCUCCAUCCCUUCCUGCUAUGAUGGCAUAGGAGCUCCUGUGGGUAGGCAAGCUGCCGGGUCCCUCAAUGGGGAGCUGCUGACCAUGGCAAGGAAGGUGCAGGACCUGGAGGAGCGGGUGAAGACCCAGGCUGACCAGAUGCUGUCCAAGGAUGAGAGAAUACAGUCCCUUGAGCAGUUGGUGACGAUCCUCGAGGAGCAGAAGGGCAAGAUGUCCCUGCAGCGGCAGGAGGAGCUGGAGAUGGCGUGGGCGCAGCGGCGGCGGCGGCAGGUCUGGGAGGUGGAGCACUUCCUUGGGGACUACGGUCUGCAGUGGGCGGGAGAGCCCAGGGAGCAUGAGGACUCGAGCAGCUCGGAGGAUGAGGAGUGGAUGAUAGCCGAGAAGUUCUGGAAGGCAGGGGACUCAUUGGUGCCCCAUGAAGUGGACUAUGACAGGCUGCUGGCCAGCCUGAAGAAUCUCAGUGAGCUGGUGGAAGACGGUGACUCCCAGGUGGAGCCAAUGCCCAGAGGAGCACCGGCCCAUGGUCUUGAGCCCAUCCCACUGAAGCUGUACCGGAAUGGCAUAAUGGUAUUUGAUGGGCCCUUCCGGCCAUUCCAUGAUCCCUCCACACAGGGCUGCCUCGGAGACACAUUGGACGGCUCCUUUCCUGCAGAGCUCCAGCGCCUGUACCCUGAUGGUGUCCCCUUUAAGGUGAGUGACCUGCACAAUCAGGUUUACCCAGAGGAUGGGCUGGACCCAUUCCCAGGAGAGGACCAAGUGACAGGCAUGCAGAAGGUUCGAAAGGCCCUGCUCACGGAGCACACAGCUUCCAGGAUGACCCCUGAGAAGUUUCUGAGCAGGCUCCCCAAACUUGUGAUCCGUCAAGGCGAGGUGAUUGACAUCCGGGGCCCCAUCCGGGAUGCCCUGCAGAACUGCUGCCUGUGGCCUCUUCCGGUCCAGGAGAUCGUGGUGGAGACGCCUGCCUUGGCUGCUGAGCGUGAGAGGAGCCAGGAGUACCCUGAGUCGCCUGUGCCCCAGCUCUCCAUGCUGCGCAUCAAGUCUGAGAAGGCCUUCCUGCCAAUGAUGCAGCCAGAGGACACCAUCGGGGGUGUGAGAGCCCUGCUAGCGGAGGCCAGGGGCAAGGACCCAAACGCCUUUGAGAUCUUCAGUGCGUUCCCGUCCACAGUCUAGCUGCAGGAGGCCGGACUGGUGCCCAACGCAAAUCUGCUACUGCGGCCGAGCCGGGCCCCGCCGCCACCGCCACCUGCCAAUGGACCCCAACACAGCUCCCAACCCAAAUAAAGCACCCCCCCC